AUUCAACCCAUCUUAUCUACUUCUGAAUACUAAAAAUCCAAAGUAGUAUGCUUCCCCUCACUCAACAGAGAAAUAUAUAUGGCUUUCUUCCUCCUCAUUUGAACGUACCUCCAUAUCCUGGGAGAGAGCCUCUCCUCACCGAGUUCUUGAGCUUCCAGAAAAGUUCCCGCCUUUUCUCCUUCAACAGCUUCAAUUACCUUCAUAGAUUCUAGGGUUUCUAAGGAGAUUGCCCUACCCGUUAAAGUUCAGAAGAUAAAGGAAAGGGAUGAUUGAAUUCAGCAAGAGAGCGAAGAUGAUACCAUUCUCCCAUUGAUUUUUUUAUCAGAACCCUCCGACACCCCCACGAGUGAUGGGAAGGAUCUGUCGAAGAAGAAGAAGAAGUGGAGAUGGAUCAAAUAGCGAGCUUGUAGACGGAGAAGUGAGAAAGCUACGUAGCCCGAGGCUUAUCUGGUUGUGCCCUAGCAGCCGUCCGCCGGGUUCCUGAGAUCUUAAAGAUUGUGUUUUACUGUGAUUUUUUUUCUUUUUCCGUGGUUUCUGUUUAACCUUUUGGGGUCUUGGGGGGAUAUGGAUUCGGUUCCACUUGGGGACUUUAGGGCUUUUGGGAGAUUUUUGGAUGGUGGUAUGUUUGGUGUUGGAUCUUCAUCUGUGGCGUCACUAAUUUUAGAUGGGGAGAGCGGAGAGCUUGUUCGAGCGCCUGUGAAGUUGGGGAAGAAGGGAGGAGCAGGCGCUGCUGAUCUGAGGUCAGCUAUGGCUUUGAAGAGUCAUAGCGAGGCUGAGAGGAGGAGGAGGGAGAGGAUUAAUGGUCAUCUUAUGACGCUCAGGAGGAUGACUCCCUGCACUGAUAAGUUAGACAAAGCUGGGCUUCUUGCUGAAGUGAUUAAUCACAUAAAGAAUCUAAAGAGCGAUGCUAUUGAGAUUAGCAAAUUUUGCACCAUUCCAUCUGACACUGAUGAAUUGAGGGUUGAGGUGGAUGGUGAGGGUGCAAACAACAGCAGCUUCUCAGUCAAAGCAUCCUUCUGCUGCGAUGACCGGCCGGAACUUCUAGCAGAUUUAAAGCAUACUCUUGAGUCUCUACAGCUGAAGACUAUUAGUGCUGAGAUCUCAUCUCUUGGUGGCAGAGUUAAAUUUGUCUUUGUGAUGACUGGUGAAGGAGUUAAUAAUGAUCUUGAGAGGCAUUUAUUCACAACAUCCAUUCACCAGGCUCUCAAAUCUGUACUUGACCGGGCCAGUUGCACAGAUUUCCUGCCAAAUGCCUGCUUUUCUGGCAAGAGGCGCAGGAUUUCACCAUUUGAAUCUUCAUCCUCCUCUUCAUGAUAUGUUCAUAUAGUUUUCUAGAAGAUUUGGGGCUAUGUUUGACAGAAAGUAAAUUGAAGGAAAGCAAAUUGAAGCUCGAUUAUGAUUCAAUCAGCAUUGAAUUUAGAUUUUUGAACUCAUUUUCAUUUCCUUCUCACUCAAAUUCCCAGCAUCCAAGCAUGAUCUUGGUGAUGUUUCUGGGUUUUAAGUGUUUGUUUAAAUGCUUAAGCUGUGGUUGUUGCAAAAUAAGCUUUGCCUGAUGUUCCGGCCAGGGUUUGUUAGUGGGGAAAAGUUAUGCACUAUGGCACUUUUUUGUAAGUGCUUACAAGCAUUGGAGUUUUAAACAUCCUAUAUAAGAAAGAAAUAGAAGAAAUGUCAAUUAAGAUUUGGGUUUGAGAGUGUUAAAUGGUUCUAUUUUUAAUCUUUUACAUGGUGCUUUAAAUGCCCUACAUGUUCCAUUUUCAGGGGAAGUCUUUCUUCCUGUUUGCUUGGAGUUUUUUAGACUCUGCUCAGGUGAUAAAUUCCAUGCUAGUCGUCUUGUAAGCAAGAAAUAAUACUUCUCCAGUUCAUUGAACAACUGAAUGAUUAUCUGCGGGCUUCAAGGGGCUUAUAGCUUAUGAAAUGUUUGCUGAAAUAGCUGACAGUGAAGCUCACGUUGCUUGGAUUUUUUUUUCCUUUUUGCA